GGCUUUAAACAGCGGGGCCCGCCCCGCGCCCACUGUACUCGCGCGCCGACUCGGCUGCCGGCGGCGUUUGUGCCGGUCCGGGCUAGCGGCGGCGGCGGGCGGGCGGGCGGAGGGGCGAGCGAUUCCGUCACCUGGUGUUGCGGCCGCGGGCACCGCCGGCGGGGGGCGCGGAGGGCGUGCAGCCCGCGACGUCCGCCAGGCUCUCGGAGUCCCCCGGGGGUCGGGCGGCGAUGGAACCGGGGCCCACGGCGCCCUCCUCCGGCGCCCCGAGGCUGGCCGGUGUCGGGGAGACGCCGCCAGCUGCCGCGCUGGCCGCCGCCGCCGGGGUGGAUCUGCCCGGCACGGCAGUGCCCUCAGUGUCGGAGGAUGCUGCGGCCGCGAGCCGGGGCGGCGGCGGGGUCCGCGGUGAGGGCGCCGCGGCGGCCGGGGACGGACUGGGCAGACCCUUGGGGCCCACCCCGAGCCAGAGCCGCUUCCAGGUGGACCUCGUUUCCGAGAACGCGGGGCGGGCUGCGGCCGCCGCGGCGCCUGGGGCCGGGGCUGGGGGUAAAGAGACCCCAGCGGACGGGAAAGCUAGCGGCGAAAGCGGGCCAGGCAAGGGCAGCGAGGAAGCCAAGGGCCGCUUCCGCGUGAACUUCGUGGACCCGGCUGCCUCUUCAUCUGCUGACGAGAGCCUGUCGGAUGCGGCGGGGGUCGGAGGCGACGGGCCCAACGUGAGCUUCCAGAACGGCGGGGACACAGUGCUGAGCGAGGGCAGCAGCUUGCACUCGGGCGGUGGCGGCGGCAGUGGGCACCACCAGCACUACUACUAUGAUACCCACACCAACACUUACUACCUGCGCACCUUUGGCCACAACACCAUGGACGCCGUGCCCAGGAUUGAUCACUACCGGCACACCGUAGCGCAGCUGGGCGAGAAGCUACUCCGGCCCAGCCUGGCUGAGCUCCACGAUGAGCUGGAAAAGGAACCUUUUGAGGAUGGAUUUGCCAACGGGGAAGAAAGUACUCCAACCAGAGAUGCUGUGGUCACGUACACUGCGGAAAGUAAAGGAGUUGUGAAGUUUGGCUGGAUCAAGGGUGUAUUAGUACGUUGUAUGUUAAACAUUUGGGGUGUUAUGCUCUUCAUUAGAUUGUCAUGGAUUGUGGGUCAAGCUGGAAUAGGUCUGUCGGUUGUUGUAAUUGUAAUGGCCACUGUUGUGACAACUAUCACAGGAUUGUCUACUUCAGCAAUAGCUACUAAUGGAUUUGUACGUGGAGGAGGAGCAUAUUAUUUAAUAUCCAGAAGUCUAGGACCAGAAUUUGGUGGUGCAAUUGGACUGAUCUUCGCUUUUGCCAAUGCUGUUGCAGUUGCUAUGUAUGUGGUUGGAUUUGCAGAAACUGUGGUGGAGUUGCUUAAGGAACAUUCCAUACUUAUGAUCGAUGAAAUCAAUGAUAUUCGAAUUAUUGGAGCCAUUACCGUGGUGAUCCUUUUAGGUAUCUCAGUGGCUGGAAUGGAGUGGGAAGCAAAAGCUCAAAUUGUUCUUUUGGUGAUUCUACUACUUGCUAUUGCUGAUUUCGUCAUAGGAACAUUUAUCCCGUUGGACAGCAAGAAGCCCAAAGGUUUCUUUGGUUAUAAGUCUGAAAUAUUUAAUGAGAACUUUGGACCGGAUUUUCGAGAGGAAGAGACUUUCUUUUCUGUAUUUGCCAUCUUUUUUCCUGCUGCAACUGGUAUUCUUGCUGGAGCAAAUAUCUCAGGUGAUCUUGCAGAUCCUCAGUCAGCCAUACCCAAAGGAACACUCUUAGCCAUUUUAAUUACUACGGUGGUUUACAUAGGAAUUGCAGUAUCUGUAGGUUCUUGUGUUGUUCGAGAUGCCACUGGGAAUGUUAAUGACACUAUUGUAACAGAGCUAACAAACUGUACUUCUGCAGCCUGCAAAUUAAACUUUGACUUUUCAUCUUGUGAAAGCAGUCCUUGUUACUAUGGCCUAAUGAACAAUUUCCAGGUAAUGAGCAUGGUGUCAGGAUUUGCACCAUUAAUUUCUGCUGGUAUCUUUUCAGCCACUCUUUCUUCUGCAUUAGCAUCCCUUGUGAGUGCUCCCAAAAUAUUUCAGGCUCUUUGUAAGGACAACAUCUAUCCAGCUUUCCAGAUGUUUGCUAAAGGUUAUGGGAAAAAUAAUGAACCUCUUCGUGGCUACAUCUUAACAUUCCUAAUUGCCCUUGGAUUCAUCUUAAUUGCUGAGCUGAAUGUUAUUGCUCCAAUUAUCUCUAACUUCUUCCUUGCAUCGUAUGCAUUGAUCAAUUUUUCGGUGUUCCAUGCAUCACUUGCAAAAUCUCCAGGGUGGCGUCCUGCAUUCAAAUACUACAACAUGUGGAUAUCACUUCUUGGAGCGAUUCUUUGUUGCAUAGUGAUGUUCGUUAUUAACUGGUGGGCUGCAUUGCUAACAUAUGUAAUAGUCCUUGGGCUGUAUAUUUAUGUUACCUACAAAAAACCAGAUGUGAACUGGGGAUCCUCUACACAAGCUUUGACUUACCUGAAUGCACUACAGCAUUCGAUUCGUCUUUCAGGAGUGGAAGACCAUGUGAAAAACUUUAGGCCACAGUGUCUUGUUAUGACAGGUGCUCCAAACUCACGCCCAGCUUUACUUCAUCUUGUUCAUGAUUUCACAAAAAAUGUUGGUUUGAUGAUCUGUAGUCAUGUACAUAUGGGCCCUCGAAGACAAGCCAUGAAAGAGAUGUGCGUUGAUCAAGCCAGAUAUCAGCGGUGGCUUAUCAAAAACAAGAUGAAGGCUUUUUAUGCUCCAGUACAUGCAGAUGAUUUGAGAGAAGGUGCACAGUAUUUGAUGCAGGCUGCUGGUCUUGGGCGUAUGAAGCCAAACACACUCGUCCUCGGAUUUAAGAAAGAUUGGUUGCAAGCAGAUAUGAGGGAUGUGGAUAUGUACAUAAACAUGUUUCAUGACGCCUUUGACAUACAAUAUGGAGUAGUGGUUAUCCGCCUAAAAGAGGGUCUGGAUAUAUCUCAUCUUCAAGGACAAGAAGAAUUAUUGUCAUCACAAGAGAAAUCUCCUGGCGUCAAGGAUGUGGUACUAAGUAUGGAGUAUAGUAAAAAAUCGGAUUUAGAUACUUCAAAACCAUCUGAUGAGAAAGCUGUUACACACAAAGAUGAGGAAGAGGAUGGCAAGACUCCAACUCAACCACUGUUGAAAAAAGAAUCCAAAGGCCCUGCUGUGCCCUUAAAUGUAGCUGACCAAAAGCUUCUUGAAGCUAGUACACAGUUUCAGAAAAAACAAGGAAAGAAUACUAUUGAUGUCUGGUGGCUUUUUGAUGAUGGAGGUUUGACUUUACUGAUACCUUAUCUUCUGACUACCAAGAAAAAGUGGAAAGACUGUAAGAUCAGAGUAUUCAUUGGUGGGAAAAUAAAUCGAAUAGACCAUGACCGGAGAGCGAUGGCUACUUUGCUUAGCAAGUUCCGGAUAGACUUCUCCGAUAUCAUGGUCUUAGGAGAUAUUAAUACUAAACCAAAGAAAGAAAAUAUUGUAGCUUUUGAUGAAAUGAUUGAGCCAUACAGACUUCAUGAAGAUGACAAAGAGCAAGAUAUUGCAGAUAAAAUGAAAGAAGAUGAGCCAUGGCGAAUAACCGACAAUGAGCUUGAACUCUACAAGACCAAGACUUACCGGCAGAUCAGGUUAAAUGAAUUAUUGAAGGAACAUUCAAGUACAGCUAAUAUCAUUGUCAUGAGCCUUCCAGUUGCCCGGAAAGGUGCUGUGUCUAGUGCUCUCUAUAUGGCCUGGUUAGAAGCUCUCUCGAAAAACCUACCACCAAUUCUCCUAGUCCGUGGAAAUCAUCAGAGUGUCCUUACCUUCUAUUCCUAACUGCCCCAGUACAGUGGACAGCCCUCCAGAUGGUACUUGAGUGCCUAGUGAAGUCACUGAGAUCUUCAAAGACACAUUAACAUCACGAUGGCGAACUGUGACUUUUCUUUCACCUUUUCAUUAAUUUGAAAGCACACAGGGAAGUUGUGCCACUGAUACGCAUAUGGAGACUUCAGUUUUAGUCAGUUCUGUAUUUCAAUCUUAAUGAAUGAUGAUGAUUCCUUGUUGUUGGACUGAAGCUCACGAGAGUAAAGUUUUCCUUUGCUACUUGAAUAGCAAUAAAAGUGUGUUAUUUUGUGAUUGAUGAAAGGAGUACAAAAAGCCUUUAGCCUUGAGGUGCCUUCUGAAAUUAACCAAAUUUCAUCCAUAUAUCCUCUUUUAUAAAUCUAUAGAAUGUCAAAUUUUGCCUUCAGCUGUCAUUUUCGUUCCUAGUCUCUCCCACCUUAAAAUGAAAUGGACACUGCUUUUCUUCUUCCAUUGAGCAAUUACUGUUGAGUACUGUAUGUUUUCUAUUACUUUUAUAAAGGUAUCUGUUAGAUACUAAAGGUGAGAAUUAGGGCAAGUUAAUG